UAGCAGACUAGUUGACUUAGGGCUUUGUGUCUCCUGCUUACGCAGUUUUAAGGAGAUGAAGACCAAAGAGAGAAUCAUCGAGGGAUAGUUCUAUAGUCUACGACUCUUUCACCAAAUUCUCUUCAUUUUUCACAAGUUUUAUUGCUCUUUCCACUUUUUAAUCCCUUUUUGUUUUCUUUUCUUGUAAAAGUUAUUCUUUGUUCAUAUCACAGAGGUUUUUGGUCGGCUAGAUUUCUGUUCUUGUAAAGUUCUUUUAAAGGCGAACGCCGCAUCUUGUCAAAAUAAACUUAAAAGGGUUUUGUGCGCUAUCUUUAAUUUUUUUCCAGAUUUAUUUACCAACAUAUUUUCUAGGGAAGUUUUCAGAUCUAGUCUUUAGAUCUCUCCAAAAUAUCUUUAAGAAACCAUUUGUUGGCUUUGGAUUCAUAUCCAAGUGAGUUCAUUCUUUUUUGAAAGAAACAAAUUUUUCCUUUCCCAAUAAUCUUUCAGAUUUUAGGGUUUCUAAUUAAAGGAUUCAUUAAUCAUGGCAGGAAGAUGGUGAGAGGGAAGAUCGAAAUCAAAAGAAUCGAGGACAUGACUAGCAGACAAGUCACGUUCUCCAAGCGUAGGAAAGGUCUCCUGAAGAAGGCUCACGAGCUUUCAGUUUUAUGUGAUGCUCAAGUAGCCGCCAUCGUCUUCUCUCAGACAGGAAGAUUAUAUGAUUUCGCUAGCUCCGACAUGCAGAAGAUGAUAGAUAGAUGUGAGAUACAUAGGGGUGAGUAUUUUGGAGCGGAGAGACUCCAAAAACAACAAUAUGUGCGAGAGCUCAAGAACGAAAUGGCGAUAAUGAUGGACAAGAUUGAAAUUCUUCAACUUCAUUGCCGGAAGCUGAUGGGACAAGAUUUGGAUUCGUGUUCGGUGGAGGAACUCAAGGAGAUAACUACCAAAAUUGAGAAAAGUCUUACUAUUGUCAGAUCAAGGAAGGCUAAGUUAAAUGAAGAUAACAUAGAGAAACUAAAAGCAGAGAUUGUAGCAGAGAGAGAGGGCUUGAACGAGAGAAGCAGGCUGCGCCAAAUGGAAAAUAAUAUGUUAUCAUUUCAGUUUCAAGAACAGCCCUUGUGGAUGCAGUCAAGGAGCCUAGAGAGUGAGAAGAAUGCACAUUCCUGUAGUAGUGGAAACAUGGACUUGUCUGAUGUGGAAACUGACUUGUCCAUCGGAUUUCCUCAAAAUCGAGUGUAAUCAACAGGGUUCUUGUUAUUAUCAGGAGAUGUAUAUAUUUCUAUUUCUGAAUGUUUGAAUCGAUUCUCUCUAUGAAUGCAUCAAUAAAUAUAGUAGUGUAAAAGUGUUAAGUAUUCUCUACGAUAUUGCUUUAUUUAUUUUCUCCC